CAUUACUUCUCGAGACACUGAUUUCAUAUAAUGUAUAUAUUACACUGUUGUUGUUCUUAUUUAUAAAUGUAAAGAUGGAAAAUGAAUCCCUUGAUUUCAGUGCUGAAUUAACUCUGGAUCCUUUUGUUAUCCCACUUGGAGGGAAGUAUCCCAUCUUUUUUUUCGGCAUUGCAAUUUAUCUUUUUGUGGUUUUUUGCAACCUGACCUUGUUGACUCUGAUCAUUGUGAAGAGGAACCUUCACAAGCCCAUGUAUUUCAUCCUGUUCAGUCUCCCCCUCAAUGAUCUGAUAGGAAUAACAGCAAUGCUACCAAAGGUCCUGUCAGACAUUGUAACAGAGACAAACAAGGUGUACUAUCCUCUCUGUGUCUUACAGGCGUUUCUGCUGCACAUGUACGGUGGAGGAAUUCUGUUCAUUCUUGCAGCCAUGUCAUUUGACCGCUAUGCAGCCAUCUGCAUGCCGUUACGCUACAGCUCCAUCAUGACCCCCAGAGUUGUCAUCUGUAUCGUGUCUCUAGUUUGGGGUCUUGAUUUUGUCCUGAUCGUUUCAUUGUUUUCUCUGCAGACAAGACUUCCCAGGUGCAAAUCUGUCAUUAUGAAUGUGUUCUGUGAUAACCCCUCUCUGCUGAAGCUCACAUGUGGAAAUACGACGGUCAAUAACAUCAUAGGAUUGUUUAACACCGCUGUCAUGCAGGCUGUUAGUGUGUCUGUGCAGGCGUUUUCCUACGUGAAGAUUCUGAUCACAUGCGUGGUUUCACAGAGGUCUGAAGCAAAGACCAAAGCUAUCAACACGUGUGUGGCUCAGCUGGUCAUAAUCACCAUAUUUCAGAUUGUGGGAACUUUUACUAUUUUAUCUCACAGGUUCAAAAAUGUCUCAGCUGACCUGCAAAAGAUAAUGGGCAUGCUGAUUUUUCUUGUUCCUCCUCUUCUGAAUCCGCUUGUAUACGGGUUGUACACAAGAGAAAUACGAAACACUUUCCUGACUAUCUUAAAAAAUGGUAGAGUAUCCAUGUGAAUCUCAACACAAGGUGAAUAACAGGUUUGACUCAAGUCUUUUUUUUUGUCAUGAUUUCAGAGUGCCAUGCCAGGAGAACACCAGUUGUAAGCAAUAUUGUUGAAAGAAUAUUGAAGAAUCCACUGUCCAUGAGCUUGAACGUGUCUAUGACAUUCAGUUUUUUACAGAAACAAACUGUCUUUUAGGAUCACUGACUGAUAAUUGUGUUAAACAGGCUCAACCCAAACCUCAAAUAAAGAGGAAUGAAAAACCAGAGUCCUAUAACUAAUGAAGAAUACUGCAUACAUAAAAAUGAGCUAACUGACUGUUAAUAUAAUUUACAACUUUGGAAAAAUAUAUUUUAAAUGUCAGCUCUUGUUUUGUGUGUAUUUUGGUGUGCAGAGUUCUUUGUAAAGUUCAGGUAGAUUGAUGUACAAUUUACAAAGAUACAUAGCCUCAUACUGCCCAGUCUGACAUGCAGAAUUAUUUGAUUUUCAUUUUAAAACGUUUGAGAAACUGUUUGAGAAAUGAAACCUGUGGUGUACUUGAUAUAUUCUCUUCUCAUUUGAUUUUUUUUAGCUUAUCAUUUGAGUUAUUCACUUUUUUUUUCAUUUAAGAGUACUCCAUGUUUCUAAUAUUUAUGUGGUUGAAGUUUACAUCCAUGAGUCACACUGCAGGAAUUAGAGCAUCAAAAUCAAGCUGAAAUAUUUACGUCUUGAAGCAUCACACUGUGUCUGUCGUUGUUUUAAUUGAAAAGUUGUUUGUAUUAUAGAUGACAGAUGAACUGUGAUUAAAUGCUUUUGAGUUACAUCCUCAUGUCUGAUAUUUGAUGUCUUGUCUAAAGCUUAUUAUAAGCUGCUGCUCAGCAUGUUUGGAAAUGAGGAUCAGCACACAUUGAGUUUUGAGGAAUAUUCUAAAUAUCCAAGUACUUUAUGUUUCAAGUGAUGAAAUAAAAUGUGUUAAAGGUGGACAACAACACAAUAUACUUUUUUUAUUGUAUCACAUACCCAACUCAGUGGAAUGAAAACUGUUUCCAUAUAGUCAGGCAAAGUUUAAGCGAGGGAAAGAA